AUGCCAGCCUUGGUUGCCUGUGGAAGAAGAUGAGUUGGAAGUGACGACCUGUAUUUCCAGACUUGCGUUGGUAGUAGUUCGAUCAAUUUGGUUACUUUACAGAAAAGGUUUAGAAGUAUUGGUUGCUGUAUUGGUAGUGAUGAGUCUCAUCAAGUUGCAUUCAAAGAGGUAUCAGAAAUAAUAGCCCACCUCUUUUACGACAGUAAUUUAGUUGUCUCUGACAUUGCUGCUGGUUUGAUUUUAUUACAAAAGAAACAUUUUGAACAUGAAAUAUCAGCUAUAACUUCACCUGAUCCAUUUCAAUCAGCUCGAUCAAUCAGUGUUAAUUUUCAUGAUCCAGAGGAAAAACAACAAUUUUUUGAUGCCUUUCACUUCUUGAAAUUUGCUCUAGGCAUAUAUUCAUGGCCAAUUCACAUGUUCAUGAAUCCUCUUUGUGGUUGUUGUCAUUUACUUUCACAUACCUUUUGCGGGCAAUCAUCACAUAGGAACAUUGUAGGUGAUAAUUGUUGUCAUUGUGGUUUUGCUGGUUUUCUGUCUACAACAGCCAUUAAUGAAUGGGACAUUGUGUAUUUACGUUUUGAGAAUGAUUUGUCGAGUUCCUUUGUAGUGUGCGUUGACCAUGAUGAGAAGGCUGUGGUAAUAGCUAUUAGGGGAACACUAUCACUUCAUGAUGUCAUCACUGACUUAACAGCAUCUUCACAUCCUGUUGAGUUGCCUGGCUGGCCAAGGUUUACAGUUCAUAAGGGUAUGUACCAAACUGCCUUGUGGAUUAAAGGACAGCUUGACGAGGAAGAGGUAUUAGAGGAAGCAUUCAGAAGAGUUCCUCAAUAUAAGCUAAUAAUUGUUGGUCACUCUCUGGGAUCAGGUUGUGCUUGUGUUUUAGGACUUUUACUUCGUGAACAAUACCCAGAUGUACGUUGCUUUUGUUACUCACCUACUGGCUCUCUAUUAAAUGCAACUGCUGCAGCAUAUACACAAUCCUUUGUGACCUCAGUCACAUUAGGUCAAGAUUUGGUCUGUCGUCUUAAAAUAAAAACAGCUCAUCAAUUUAAACGGAAGUUAUAA